AUGCCGAACGCAAUUGGAAUCGAUCUUGGUACCACGUAUUCAUGUGUUGGUGUUUUCCAGCAUGGGAAAGUGGAGAUCAUUGCCAACGACCAAGGGAACCGAACGACGCCGAGUUAUGUUGCGUUCACAGACACUGAACGUUUGAUUGGUGAUGCUGCUAAGAACCAGGUGGCGAUCAACCCAACGAACACAGUGUUCGACGCGAAGCGACUGAUUGGUCGACGAUUUGAUGACUCUUCAGUUCAGAGUGAUAUGAAGCACUGGCCCUUUGGUGUUAUUAAUGAGGGUGGUAAGCCGAAGAUCCGUGUUGAAUACAAGGGUGAGACGAAGACAUUCUUCCCUGAGGAGAUCUCAUCGAUGGUAUUGACGAAGAUGAAGGAGGUGGCUGAAGCGUAUUUGGGUCGGACGGUGAAUGAUGCAGUGGUGACAGUUCCUGCCUACUUCAACGACGGUCAACGUCAAGCUACUAAGGAUGCGGGUGCGAUCGCUGGUCUGAAUGUGUUGAGAAUCAUCAACGAGCCGACGGCUGCUGCUAUCGCGUAUGGUCUGGACAAGAAGGUUGGUGGUGAGCGUAAUGUGUUGAUAUUCGAUUUGGGUGGUGGUACUUUCGAUGUGUCUAUUCUGACAAUUGAGGAUGGUAUCUUCGAGUUCAAGCGUAAGCACAAGAAGGAUAUAAGUGACAAUAAGCGUGCCAUUCGUCGUUUGAGAACAGCUUGUGAACGUGCUAAGCGUACACUGAGUUCAAGUACACAGGCGAACUUGGAGAUUGAUUCGUUGUGUGAUGGUAUUGACUUCUACACAGUGAUCACUCGUGCUCGAUUUGAGGAGUUGAAUGCUGAUUUGUUCCGUGGUACUUUGGAGCCGGUUGAGAAGGCUUUGAGAGACUCAAAGUUGGACAAGGCUCAGAUCCAUGAGAUUGUGUUGGUUGGUGGUUCAACACGUAUCCCCAAGAUCCAGAAGAUGCUUCAGGACUUUUUCAACGGUAAGGAGUUGAACAAGUCUAUUAAUCCUGAUGAGGCUGUUGCUUAUGGUGCAGCUGUGCAGGCGGCUAUUCUGAGUGGUGAUAAGUCUGAGGCAGUGCAAGACUUGUUGUUGCUGGAUGUGGCGCCAUUGUCACUGGGUCUUGAGACGGCUGGUGGUGUAAUGACAGCACUGAUUAAGCGUAACACGACUAUCCCGACGAAGCAGACUCAGACGUUCACGACGUACUCGGACAACCAGCCAGGUGUGCUUAUUCAAGUGUACGAGGGAGAACGUGCUUUGACGAAGGACAACAAUUUGCUUGGUAAAUUCGAGUUGUCUGGUAUUCCUCCUGCUCCUCGUGGUGUUCCUCAGAUUGAGGUGACAUUCGACAUCGAUGCUAAUGGUAUUCUGAAUGUGUCAGCUACGGACAAGAGUACUGGUAAGCAGAACAAGAUAACUAUCACGAAUGACAAGGGUCGUUUGUCGAAGGACGAUAUUGAGCGUAUGGUGAAUGAAGCAGAGAAGUUCAAGGCUGAGGAUGAGAAGCAGAGAGAGCGUGUGUCUGCGAAGAACUCACUUGAGAGUUAUGUGUACGCGAUGAAGCAGCGAGUGGAGGGUGAUGAGUUGAAGGACAAGAUACCUGAGGAUGACCGUAAGAAGGUAUUGAGCAAGUGUGAAGAGACGAUUCAAUGGCUAGACGCGAAUCAGCAAGCAGAGAAGGAUGAGUAUGAGUACCACCAGAAGGAGUUGGAGGGUGUUUGUGCACCGAUAAUCACGAAGAUGUAUCAGGCAGCAGGUGGUGGCGGUAUGCCGGGUGGAAUGCCUGAAGGUUUUCCAGGUGCAGGUGGUGCUAGCAGCGGUGGCGGAAAAGGACCAACAAUCGAGGAGGUUGACUAA